AGCUGCAGAGUGGCAGUAGCCAGCGUGGAGCGGCAGGCUGCGGAUCACGGCCAAGGGCAAGGUGGCGUUCAUUAAGCUGGAGGACAAGACCUCAGGAGAGCUUUUUGCCCAGGCGCCGGUGGAGCAGUUCCCCGGCAUCGCCGUGGAGAGCGUGACGGACUCCAGCAGAUACUUCGUCAUCCGGGUCGAAGAUGGCAACGCUAAAGGCCGCCGUGCUUUCAUCGGCGUCGGCUUCGUUGACAGAGGGGAUGCUUUUGACUUCAACGUGGCUCUGCAAGACCAUUUCAAGUGGGUGAGGCAGCAGGGCGAGCUGGCCAAACAGGCCGAGAACCCCCAGCAGGGACCCAAACUGGACCUGGGCUUCAAGGAGGGGCAAACCAUCAAACUCAACAUCGCGAAUAUGAAGAAAAAGGAAGGAGCCGUGGGAAACACCAGGCCACGUCCUGCGGGUCCUGGGGGCCUGAGCUUGCUCCCACCACCUCCUGGAGGAAAAUCGGCUUCG